AUGCAAAUCACAAGCAACACCAUUUUUCAGUUAAAUAGUAACUCGAACAAAAUUAUACAGCAUCUGAUAAAUCAUUACAAGAAAGUGAUACUGGUAAUCGAUGACAAAAACAACACGCAAUUUGAUAAUAUAUACGAUUUCCGUGGUGUAAAUAUCCAUAGUACACUGAUAAAGGAUAGACAACUUAUAACACGCCAUAGAUUUUUUUUUCUUGUGAGACGGGGGUUGUUGUCAGGAGUGGAGUACGACUGCAUUAUUUUCAGACUACAGAAGCUUGAUUCCAUAGAAAUAUCGACCUUCAAAAUUUUUUACUACAAUAACAUCAAAAGCAGGGAUCUAUGUGCUGUGUUUGCGUUUCUUGGUGAAAUAAAUGAGAUGGAUUCUAUAUAUUUGCAUAGCAAGAGAUUUUUCUUGCCCAGCGACGAUAAACCGGCUAUAAGUCCAGAUGUGAAGAUUGUAGUUUGUAAGCCAACGCGAGAUGACAGCCUAUGGACGUACUUAAGGCUGAAAAAUGCCUUAACUUAUAACACAGAUGAGGUGCUUGAAUCUGUUUCAUAUCAGCUGGCGUUCGAGAAAAUGGUUGAAUACCUGAAGAAUAACAAACAUCUUGUACAGAAAGCAAGUAACUACAAACAAACAGAUGUAUCGGAAAAGGAAUAUGAACGAUUGAACGUGAUCCAUAGAAAAUUUCUGUUGUUGAAAGAGCUGCUUGAAAAUAACAAAGGUAAAAAAAUAUACGUAGCCUGCAAACGAUCAGUGAUUUUAAACUAUGUUGAUUUUUUUAAUGAGCAUGAAACCGAUGUAGAUCUUCUGAUAUAUUAUGAUGUUAUAGAUGUAAAUGUAAAAGCUGACAAGUACCUGUUUAUUGCGGAUGAUAAUGCUUGCUUUGCGAACAUAGUCAAGAUUUGUAAAAGUAUAAAGAGAGACGACAGGGCUUAUCGCCUCUUCAGAUAUGUGAACGAAUCAGAAGAAAAAAUUAGCACAAAAAAGGGCGCCUACGUUGAAAAAAGUGUUGCUCACGUUUUUUUAGCACGGUUACUGUGCAAUCUGAAACACUUGUUCGAACAACACUUUUUGUUCAUCGCCAACCUUGAAUAUACGGAUGUUCACUACAGCAGCAACAAGGGGUUUGUGUGCCAUCUGAAGUUGCCAUAUGUGAGCUGUGAUCCGGUAUUUACAGAAAGUCACAUAAGCCAGGUAGAGAAAUCAAAACGAGCCGCAUUACAAGAUGCUGCGUUCAAAGCGAUUAAAGGUUUGAUGGCAUGUGGCUGCUUGGAUGAAAACCUAUCGCUUAUAAAAGAAUAUUUUAUUAUCAACAAAGUGUAUAAAUCAUGGCUCGAAUCAACAUAUAAAAUCGAAAAUAACUAUUUGGAUCGAUUUGAUACCGAAUACCAAAAAAAUAUUAGUAGCAUAAACACCUACCCCCUUGAGUAUUUUUUUUCAAUCUUAAUCCAGAACGAGAAUAAUGAGCAACCGGUAUUCAUAACACAUGUGUACACGCUCAUUUUUAAGCUUAUGCAGCAUGUUGUCAAUAGUUGUGACUCUACUUAUGUGAAGAAUGUUUUCAAGCAAAAGUAUAUGGUAACACUGAAGAAGGCUAAUUUCCCAAAGAUUAAGUCUCGUGCCAUUCCCAAGUGUUUUUUGAACUUAAAUUUGAACCAUUUGUAUGCAUUUAAUUCAGACACAGGCAUCAUCUGUGGCAAAACAUUUCAAGAAACAAUAGAACUUGAAAGCGCAUCGUUUGAGUAUUUGGGCGAAAUCGAUACUGAUGAUCAGCAAAUGUCCUUGAUUGCGCUGUAUAACGUGCUGUUUUUUGGAAUUCAUUACAAAAAGAUCGGUUAUAACAGUACAUAUAACUACUUCGUCGUCCCUCUGAAAAACAAAAAGUUGUUUUUGAAUGGUUUUGCAGGUAAUUUAUAUGAAAACCAAGAAUACACUGGAUAUCUGUUGUUUAAUCCGUUUAACAAGAACUUUUAUGUUUUCAAAGACUGGUCUGAUCAAAGCAUCAAUGAUAAUGUCAUUCGAAUCGAUAAUGGCUCCAACGUCGACGAUCAUCUUCUGAAGGAAGAGAACGAUAGCAACGGAGAACUUAUAUCGUAUCUAAAAUACUUUGAGCAAAAAUACGGUACUCAUUUAAAAUAUACAGCAGAUAGCGAUAAGAGAUUGAUGUUUAACGGAUACAUAUACUCGCAUCGCGGAAAAGGGAGUGCUAGUACCUCGCUGCUAUCCUCAGAAAUAAUGCGUGUCACUCCAUGUAUCAAAGAUAUUUUCGAAAAAUAUGUUACUUUCACAUAUGAUUUUAUUUAUUUCGAAGUAUUGGCUUUAGUUGAUGAGGCAAGGGUUGGUUUGAAUCUUCCAAUUUCCUUGAAACUGCUUUCCAACUGUUUUAUAUCGAAGAACGACAAAUAUCCGGAUUACGAAAGACUAGAAUUCCUAGGUGACUGUAUUCUGAAGUAUCUAGUUACAAAGUUCUUCAUGCUUUGCUUUGAAUAUGACACCGGAUCGAUUGUUGAUUCGAAAUGCCGCAUAAUAGAAAAUUCCAAUUUAACACUUAUCGGAAAGAAGCUUGAGUUGGAAUCAUAUUUCUCUAACCUAGUUUUUCAACCACCUUCUUUGAAUGAUAAUAUCUGUAAACAGCUUCAGCAGUACUUUAACUUCAAGAAUACUGCCUUUAAUUCGCAAACGGCGGUUUGCAACCAAAUAAGUAGUGAGAAGACGUAUGCAGAUAUUGUUGAAGCGAUAAUUGGAGCAUGUUAUGUCGAAAAUGACCUGAGUGUGACAGAAAGAAUGAUAUUUCAGUUAGGAAUUAUUGACAUCUCAAAAUAUUCUGAUAACAUUGUUGGUGUUUUUGACGAGACCGAUGGUGGCAAGAGUACGCGUAAAAAACAGAAAAUAAGUACAGAUAAAUUCUUGCGGGACAUCUUUGAGCUGGAUGGUGACGUUUCUAUGGAAGUGCUUGUGAGAAAGAAGACUUUUGACUUUUUUUAUUACCUAGAUAACUGUAACAACGGGACGUUUUUCCGGUGUAAUAGAUUUUUGGUCAAUCUGGCUGAACACCACAACGUUAUGUCUGAAGAAAAUAUUGCUGAGGUGGAAGGGAUUCUUGAUUACAAAUUCAGGAACAAGGGCUUUAUCGAGAAGGCCAUGAUUCAUCCGAGCACGAGGGACAAUAUGUUCGGUACGCGAUCCUAUUUUGAAAAACUUGAACUGAUAGGCGACUCUGUGCUGGACGUGUUUGUAACAAAGUCAAUUUUCAACCAAUACUCUUGCCCUUUUGCCUUGCAUGAAGCACGAAAAAAUCUGGUAAACAAUCAGAUAUACGGAAAUGUUUUAUACACAAGCAAAUUGUUCAACUAUAUAGAAACAUGUUUUGACAAGGAUGAAUUGAGGAAUAGUUAUCUUGUCAACAACUAUAAAAAAUUAUAUGGGGAUAUAUUUGAAGCUAUUAAUGGUGCUAUUCUGUUGGAUUUAGACUUUAGAACAGAUUUAUAUGAAAAAGUAUGGGAGUCUCGCAUCAAAGAGUGGCUAUGGACAUGUUACAAAGUUCGAAAAUCGAUUGAAUAAAGCAAAACCUAC